UUAGUUGUUUCUUACAUAUAAAAGGAUUUGGUGUGGAAUAACAAAAUCACAAAGGUUGUAUUGUGUUUUUAGAUAAACAUGGAAGAUUUUGGAGAGUCAUUGUUGAAGAAACAAUAUUAUCAUGAGAAUUGUCCUGGUUGUAAGGUGGAUCAAGCCAAGGCAUUGAAAAAGGAUGUUACAUUUAGAAAUGCUUUCAAUAUAUGGAUUGUUGUCUUAUGUAGUUCUCUUCCUAUAGCAUCUUUAUUUCCAUACCUCUAUUUCAUGGUAAAGGAUUUUAAUAUUGCUAAAACAGAAGAAGAUAUCAGUUCCUAUGCUGGUUAUGUAGGAUCUGCCUACAUGCUUGGUAGAGCUUCGACAUCUAUAUUAUGGGGAAUGAUAGCCGAUCGCUAUGGUCGAAAACCUGUUGUGAUAAUAGGAAUUAUUUCUGUUAUAAUUUUCAACACACUAUUUGGCCUUUGCACAAGUUUUUGGAUGGCUGUUACGAUGAGAUUCGUUCUUGGAGGUUUAAAUGGUUUGCUUGGACCAAUGAAGGCUUAUUCUUCUGAAAUUUUUAGAGAAGAAUACCAAGCUUUAGGACAAUCAACUGUUGCAGCUGCUUGGGGAGUAGGAUUGGUCUUCGGACCAGCGUUGGGAGGUUAUUUGGCUCAGCCAGUACAGAAAUAUCCAAAUAUAUUUCCAAAGGAUUCCUUUUGGGACAAGUUUCCAUACUUCUUACCAUGUUUCAUUGUAUCAGCUAUGGCAUUUGUUGUAGCGAUUUCCUGCAUUUGGCUACCGGAGACACUUCAUAAUCACAAAGUAUCGACCAACAAAAUUGAAGCUUUAGAAAAUGGAACUAACGAGGAUGAGAAAAAUAAGACGAUCCAAAAAGAUGAAAGCCUCCUAAAAAAUUGGCCCUUAAUGUCAUCUAUUAUUGUUUAUUGUGUUUUCGCGAUUCAUGACGUUGCUUUUGCAGAGAUUUUCUCAUUAUGGGCUGAAAGUCCUCGAAGGUUAGGCGGUUUGAACUUUGGAACUAAUGAUGUCGGUAAUAUUCUUGCAGUAUCAGGUGUUGGUAUUAUAAUGUUCCAGCUUGGCUUAUAUCAAUCAGUGCAAAAAAUUUGUGGACCUAUCGUUCUUGCUCGCAUUGCAGGGGUGUUAUCAAUACCAAUCUUGCAAAGCUUCCCUUUUAUGACAAUGUUGUCAGGCUUUACACUGUACAUAUCGAUAUAUAGUGCUUCCAUUUUAAAGAAUCUUUUGAUUGAGAUAAUUUCUACUGGUUUAUUCAUUCUGCAAAAUAAAGCAGUGGAUCAACAUCAAAGAGGUGUAGCAAAUGGCCUUUGCAUAACUGCUAUGUCAGCAUGCAAGGUAAUUGGUCCAGCUGGAGGCGGCGCAAUCUUAACUUGGUCACAAAAGAGGAUGGAUGCUUCUUUCCUCCCAGGCCCCCAUCUGGUGUUCUUUGUGCUCAAUGUUAUUGAAGGACUUGCAUUGUUAUUGACAUUCAAACCAUUCCUGAUUGAAAGAAAACCCCCCUCGGAGCAGUUGCGCUGAUAUUAACAUUAUUUUGCAAGAGGUGAAAUAUUAUAGCAACUGGGAAUGUUUGUUGCCAUAGAAUGUCAGCAAAGGACAAUAUCCUAACAACAAUACCAUUGGAUAGCAGCUUGACUUAAGUUUGGAUGACUACUCGUUGGAAUUUGCAUCAUGCAAAUUUGGGUUUUGAUUAAUUAUUGAGCUUUCAGUGGAGAUCAUAUAAGCAGUGAAGAACUUUCCAGUAGAUUAGUUGAGUUUGGAUUGAUUGGUUCCAUUUGAAUAUUUGA